GGUUUGCGGUGGAUCUUGGGUUCCCGAAGUCGAGGGAACCUGGCCAAAAGGGAUCGGAUGAAGUCUUCGUGCGUGCCGAGAUCGACGCUCACCAACUGAUCGAAUUUCGGAAUUUCGAUCGGCGUUAACGAGGAGAAACGGCCUUUUUUUUCUGCCUCCUGGAACUAGGCUCCGCGGCCUCAAGAAAUCCAACGUGUGUUUACAAACGAGUAGCGCAAGAUAUCGUCUUACUUGGCCGUCGAUGUCCUACGUCGGCUGGAAAUUUCAUAAACUCGUCAUAGGAAUGAUACGUGAAAUCGAUCUCUUUGAGACAGCGAGUUGCGGAAGGUCGCAGCCAACGGAACAUUUUCCAUCGUCGUCUCCGGAAUCGUGGGAAGAAAGGAGAUAAUUGGCGAAAAUUCGAGAGGAGGAAAAGCGGGAAUAAUUUAUCAUCGUCGUUAAAUUCCCCGGGACGAGAAAUUCGUGACGCAUUUCACGCGUUGAAGAAAAAUCAGCGGUUUAUGACGAUUCAUGGACACGUGAAUCCGUAGUGACCCGUAAUCCCGAUAUUUGCAAACAAUGCCCCAGUUUACGUCUGAAGUCCAUUUUUACACGACUGGCUAAGUAACUCGAACUCUCGAGCCGUGAAUCGCUGGAUUUUGGAUUUCGGAUUUCCUGGCGAAUCCAAUUAUUACAGCAUUUAGCGAUUUUUAUCUCGUCACAAAUUUCCAAAGUCUAAUCGGAGGUGUUUCGAAAUUUCGCCAAUUUAUUCCCUCCCGUCUAUUCGUUAAUAAGUAGUCGUUGAAACGACUCAUUGUUUCAUCCGAAAAUCGAUGUACGUGCUCCGGAUCGACCCGAUCAUUCCUUUUGCGACAUUACUUACAUAACUCGUUGCACUGCCGGCAAGACUCGGUUUUACGCGCACGCGAUUAUCCCGCGUACCCGAAGGAACGUUCUCGUUCCAAUAAGUCCACGUAUGUACGUACAUACUCGAAAUUACGUGUACGUACAUUUCUAGGUCCAUUUUUGCGGCGACUUUCGAUCUUAUCCAUUAGGGUUGCAAGAAACUCAAUUUUUCUUCGCUAAAACGGACCUAGGGAACUCGAAAAUGGGCCCAAGCAAAUUACUGCGCAAAUCGAUACGUGUUUAAUCGCAAUUCGUAUUACCGGUUUAGACCGGACGCGUCUCAGCGACAAAUUACAAAGCUCUCUCGAAAGCGACUUUGCGUAUCAGAGAAGUAUGACUCGAAGAGACAGAAGCGAUAUUUCGCGUUAAUUUAGCGUAAUCGCUUAGUUGGCUUAACCAAUCCCUAACAUAAUGCCUCGAAAAAUCGUAAAAGUAUAACUUAAUAGUUUCUAAAUAUUUUUAACAUUUUUAUCGCGUCUUCGGUAAUGCGGAAAAUGUAGGACUCUCUAUGUAUAGGCGCGUAUGGGUACUAGGCGAGUAAGAGCGAAUCAGAGGGUGCAAACUCGGAUAUGGCAUGUCUCAGGGUGGAUGUGCUAAAUAUUUAAGACUGGUCUCUUUGCGAGCAGAGUUCCUCUCUAGGUAGACGGACGGAGAGUCUAAUCUCUCCUGAAUGGGACUCUUAAAUAGGAUUUAAUGAACGGAUAAAGAAAUCCAAGAUGGCCGCCGAGACGCGGCAGAAAAGUUGAACGAAGAAGCAGAACGUUGAUCCUUGGUGCGCGACUGCGACGUUUUCACGGGCGAGGAGUCUGGAAAAAAAAAAUCACGGAUAAGUGGACAAAAAAUCCUCAGUCAAUCCCUUAAGGAAUCUAUUUAGUGGGGCGUAAUUAAUUAAUAUAUGAAGUCCAAGAUGGACGCUAAAAGCGGAAGGAAAGCUCGACACAAUCGAUGGUGCGUGUCUACAAAGUUUCCGUAGUCGUGCGUGGGAAAAUGUGUACUUCGCGUGCACAAUGGACGGAUAUCCAGGUCACAGUUCUGUGACCCGGCCUUCUGGGGCCGUCAGGGUGAUACCCGUCUUUCGGCGAGAACUUUGCUGACGUUCCUCGACUUUUGAAUCGCCCGAGUUAUUAUGCGCUCUUGUUCGAUCCGCCUACGUACGGGCGCGUCUCGUAAUUCACUUCUUACGUCUGUUUGACGUCAGAAUCUGAAGAGAUAUGUUUCUGAUCGCGUCUUGCGGUUUGCGCGAAGAGUCCCAAGGAGAGUUAAACAUUGAAAUCGAAAUAGAUCCAUUUUUUCCAUGCCUCUUUGACGAGAAAUGGAUCCAAGAUGGCGCCGACUCGCCGGUUCUGGUUCUUACAUAAGUCGUUUCAUAUUCCAAAUAAUAUGAGGUGCGCUUGGAAUUAUUUUAUGUUAAAUGUUAAUCGUAAUAUAAAUCGGUCUGUAAUGCAGGUCGAACUUGGUUUUCGCGAGUCUCGGCGAAUUUAAAGAGCACCGGAAGUCAAGGGGCGACGCCAUUGAUGGUCACACAUGGCGUCCCAAGAUGGCGGCGACUCGCGGGAACUUCUCAGCCUGCGAUGCAUAAAAUAUGUACAUAUACGGUGAGUGCAUGGCAUGGUGCAUGGCGUUUCAUGGUAUUGCGGGAGUAAUUGUUCGUGCAACGUACAAGGCAGAGGAUUGCGCUACGCCCAACUGCACCGGCAAAAGGUGUUAGUGAUCAUUGGAGAUCGGCAUAGCUACUUAUGGUGUCGGCAAGAAGUGACAGGCGUUCAUUCACUCUGGCAGGACUUGAGAAACGACGCGACUUUGAGGAGCAGAGAUUGCACGAAAGGGAUCGACAGUUUCAUUGCAAGACUUCAUCUAAAGGAACUAGGAGUACGGUGAAAAAGGACGAAGACUACCUUGACAGGAUCCUCAUCGGAGAAGUCCAGGAGAGUCUCGCAGAAGGCCUUGCCAAUCUGUUCGUAAUCCUGGGUGGAGAAAUGUGUUCCUGUCCUGGAGCCUAAAGUCGAUCCACCCAAGGAGGCCUCCAUGGUGUAGCUGUUCGGCACACCCAUCAACCAAACCACCACCCUACCGGUGCCCUCCUUACCCUUCUCUAUGUGGAACUUGCAGCUUUCGAAGGAGAACUGAAACGUCAAUUACAUCUCACCAGCCGAUCCAACUUGCAAGGUGAACCCGAGCAGAGGUAAAUUUCAUGCGAGAUGGGUCGCACAGUCACGGUGGCGGUCUGCACCCUCAACCAAUGGGCGAUGGACUUCGAAGGGAACCUGAAGAGGAUCCUGAAGAGCAUCGAAGAUGCACAGAAGGCAGGGGCUAGAUACAGAAGUGGUCCCGAGUUAGAGAUUUGUGGGUACAGCUGCGAGGACCACUUCUACGAGUCCGACACUCUUCUGCACAGCUGGGAGGUCCUGGCGUCGCUGCUGGGCUCCAGUGUCUGCAAGGACAUACUCGUCGACGUGGGCAUGCCCGUCAUGCACAAAAAUGUGACCUACAACUGCAGAGUCGCCUUCCUGAACAGGAGGAUACUCCUCAUCAGGCCGAAGAUGCACCUGUGCGAUGAUGGGAACUACAGGGAGUCCAGGUGGUUUUCUCCUUGGACGAAGGAACGCACCGUGGAGGAUCAUUUCCUGCCGAACAAGAUCGCCCAGAUCACGGAGCAGAGCGUGGUGCCCUUCGGCGACGCCGUCAUCUCCACCUGGGACACCUGCGUCGGGUUCGAAAUGUGCGAGGAACUCUGGAACCCUCUCAGCAACCACAUCCCCAUGUCUUUGGACGGCGUGGAGAUCAUCGCCAACGGCAGCGGCUCGUACUUCGAGCUGCGCAAGGCUUACGUCACGGUGGACAUGGUAAAGGCGGCGACCUUUAAGUCCGGCGGUUGCUACAUGUUCAGCAACCUCCGAGGUUGCGACGGAGGUCGUCUUUACUUCAACGGAGGCUCCAGCAUCGCGUUGAAUGGACAGAUCCUGAACCGUGGCCGGCAAUUCGCUCUAGAAGACGUCGAGGUUACUACGGCGACCUUUGACCUGGAAGACAUAAGGACCUACCGGAACAGCAUCAGGUCCAGGAGCAACUCCGCAGCCAAGUCCCAGCCUUAUCCUCGAGUGAAGGUGGAUUUCGCCCUGGCCUCGAAGCCGCUUCACUCCCGCGUUCCUCAUCGACCCCUCCUCUUCGACUCCAAUUUAAAUGGUGAAGAGGGUGUUAAUAAAGUGAAGUACUACACCCCCGAGGAGGAGAUCUCCAUGGCGCCGGCUUGCUGGCUCUGGGACUAUCUCAGGCGAUCCUGCCAGGGUGGCUUCUUCCUACCGCUGAGUGGCGGCGUCGACUCCUCUUCUACUGCUUGCUUGGUCUACUCGAUGUGCGACAUGAUCGUCGAAUCCGUGAAGAAAGAAACUGAAGCAUCCGUCGCAGACUCGCAGGUUCUUUCGGACAUCAGGAAGAUCGUCGGCGACUGCAGCUACACGCCAACGGACCCGAAGCAGCUCUGCAACACCAUCCUGGUGACAUGCUACAUGGGCACAGAGAACUCUUCGGCAGAGACCAAAGCAAGAGCUGCCGAGUUGGCCAGUCAAAUCGGCUCUUAUCAUCAUGGCAUCGUCAUCGAUGGCGCCGUGUCGGCAGUACUUGGAAUAUUUCAACAAGUCUCCAAGUUGACUCCAAGGUUUAGAGUCCAGGGUGGCUCGCCUAGAGAGAACCUGGCCCUGCAAAACAUCCAGGCGCGUCUGAGGAUGGUCAUCGCGUAUCUCUUCGCCCAGUUGAUGCUCUGGGUCAGAGGUCGUCCAGGAGGUCUUCUUGUACUGGGCAGCUCCAACGUGGACGAGGCUCUUCGAGGAUACUUCACCAAGUACGACUGCAGCAGCGCGGACAUCAACCCUAUCGGUGGGAUCGCGAAGAACGACCUGAAGAGGUUCCUGAAGUUCUUCAGGCAGAAGCACGGGAUCUCGGCUUUGGACGGCAUCCUGGAUGCGCCGCCAACUGCGGAGCUGGAGCCGCUACAACAUGGCCAGCUGGCGCAGCUGGACGAGGUCGACAUGGGCAUGACCUACAACGAAUUGGGCACUUUUGGUCGCCUAAGGAAGCAGAACUGCGCGGGACCGUUCUCCAUGUACACCAAGCUCACGCACAUAUGGGACACUCCACCCAAAGAGAUAGCCGCCAAGGUGAAGCACUUCUACCAGUGCUACGCGAUAAAUCGGCAUAAGAUGACCAUCCUGACGCCAUCCUGCCACGCCGAGAUCUACAGCCCCGACGACAACAGGUUCGACCACAGGCCCUUCCUCUACAACCACACCUGGAAGUGGCAGUUCAACGCGAUAGACGAACAGGUCAACCAGAUAGUACGUUCAGAGCAGCAUUUGAUGAACGAACUCGAGGCCGAGAGGAAUUCCCAGUUGCCACGGAGCCUCAGGUAACGGCCAGGAUCCGGACUCUGCAUGGUUCUUCGGGGCGCAUCUCAAGGUGGUGGUUUCGCGGGGCUUUUCGACCUCAACCUUCAGGAAGUACCCGAGCAGUCACCAACGGCACUUCCGUUAUUCUCUGUUACAGAUAAACCGUAUCCCGGAGUAAUAGUCUAACCGUAGCCGUAGCUUUUAUUCGUAUUUGCACUUGCAGCGCCACGGCGCGCAGCCUACGAUUUUAGAAGGUGUCCCCUUAGGAGAAGACUAUAACGUCUCUUGGGAGAACCCGAAGGCCCCAAAAAAGGGGUAAGAAUGACGAUGACGAAAGGGAGCCGAGAGCGACUCGCUCGAGCGAGUCGUCGCCUCGUGCUACCGUUAUUCGAACCGUUAGAGCCCCUUGCACGCCGACACGCUCGCGUGAAAGGACACUCGCCCGACAAUGGCUGGCAAAAACCGCGAAAAAACGUCUGUCAUUUUUCUUGCCUCCUAUCCGUCACCUAAGAAAUAAAUUCUCUUACUUGGAA